UCCCGACCAGAAGCCUCCUUAAAGCCGCCGUUACGCACCGGUCCUAUCAGACGUCAUGACCUCCAGCGCCAAGGACCUCCCCGGAGAUGCGCAGAGCGCGGACGCGGCCGCCGCCCUGCUGGCCUCGCUCCACCUGAUGCCCUCCCCGCUGCCCAACCCGGACAUCAAGCACACCCAGAUCUUCAUCGACAACGAGUGGCAUGACUCCGUCAGUGGGAAAGUCUUCCCAGUUUACGACCCGGCCACUGGGGAGCAGAUCUGUGAGGUCCAGGAAGCAGACAAGGCUGACGUGGACAAGGCGGUGCAGGCCGCACGCCGCGCCUUCGCCCUGGGCUCGCCGUGGCGCCGGAUGGAUGCUUCGGAGCGAGGUCGACUGCUGGCCAAACUGGCCGACCUGGUGGAGAGAGACAGCGUCUACUUAGCGACGAUGGAGUCGCUGGACUGCGGGAAGCCCUUCCUGACCACCCUGUUUGUGGAUCUCCAGGGAACCAUAAAGACUCUGAGAUACUUUGCCGGCUACGCCGACAAGAUCCAUGGCACCACCAUUCCAAUGGAUGGGGAGUAUCUUACAUUUACCAGACACGAGCCAAUUGGAGUCUGCGGACAAAUUAUCCCUUGGAACUUCCCCCUGAUGAUGGCUGCGUGGAAGCUGGGCCCGGCGCUGGCGGCGGGGAACGCGGUGGUCCUGAAGCCCGCCGAGCAGACCCCCCUCACCUGCCUCUACCUGGGGGCGCUGGUCAGAGAGGCCGGCUUUCCGCCGGGAGUCGUCAAUAUUUUGCCGGGGUUCGGGCCAACGGCGGGAUCUGCCAUCGCCUCUCACAUGGGCAUCGACAAAGUGGCGUUCACGGGUUCCACUGAGGUGGGCAAGCUGAUCCAAGAGGCAGCUGGACGCAGUAACCUGAAGAGGGUGACGCUGGAGCUGGGCGGAAAGAACCCCAACAUCAUAUUCGCAGAUGCUGAUAUGGACCUGGCCGUGGAGCAGGCCCACCAGGGGGUGUUCUUCAACGCGGGCCAGUGCUGCACCGCCGGCUCACGCAUCUUCGUGGAGGAGCCCAUCUACGAGGAGUUUGUCCGCCGCAGCGUGGAGAGGGCCAAGAGGAGGGUCCUGGGGAGCCCCUCCGACCCCACCACCGAGCAGGGCCCGCAGAUCAGCCAGGAGCAGCAGGCCCGGGUCCUGGAGCUCAUCCAGAGCGGUAUCAGCGAGGGGGCGACGCUGGAGUGCGGGGGCAAAGCCCACGGGCUGAAGGGCUUCUACGUGGAGCCCACCGUCUUCUCCAACGUGACGGACGACAUGCGCAUCGCCAAGGAGGAGAUCUUCGGGCCGGUACAGCAGAUCAUGAAGUUCAAGACCCUGGAGGAGGUGAUCGAACGAGCCAACGACACUGUCUACGGCCUGGCCGCCGCCGUGUUCACCAACGACAUCAACAAGGCCAUGGCCAUCUCCACCGCCGUACAGGCCGGCACCGUGUGGAUUAACUGCUACAACGCCCUGAGCACACAGUGUCCAUUCGGAGGAUACAAGAUGUCCGGUAACGGUCGAGAGCUGGGGGAGUGUGGCCUGAAGGAGUACUCCGAGGUGAAGACCAUCACCAUGAGGCUGCUGGCCAAGAACUCCUAAUGGCGCCGCUGGUGGCGGUGGGGGGGGGCGUGGCCUCCCUCGGCCCGCCCGCUCCGUGGAGGCCAGCCUCGCGGCCGUCUGCACCGUGGAUCACUCCAGGCUGACCUCAGCUCCACCGCGCCGCUCGGACAACACCUCCCAAACCCGCCGCCUCCCAAAGCCAGUGUGUUGGUGCCGUCACCACAAGGAAACCCGUCACCUCGCCUCUCUGAUCCCACUAACUACACGUCAGCACUCUGAGAAACAAUGGUGACACCCUGCAAGGAACUACAUUACCCAGACACCUCUACUGCUGACACCGCUUGGCCCUGAGCCGGGAGCGACGGGACGGGAUCAACGCACUUCCACUCAUCCUGCGUCGUCGGCGUCGGUGCGUCGGUGGAGACGGAAGUCGUGUUGCGUGCAGAAUCACUUCUAAAACCUCAUCCUAUACACGGCAGUCCGCCACGAGAACGUCUUACGCAAAGAGUCCGUUUAGUCCACUGACGUGUUGAACCUCAGAUAUGAUUGGACGAGUCCGGUUAUAUGUUAAUUCCUAAUUUUAAUUAAUGACUUAUGUCUUUGUUUAAUGUUAGCUUUUAUGACUUAACACUGUAUGUGAUUUGUUUUGGACUUUGAUGUAAAGAACGACGUUAACCUCUGUCCAGAGGCCAUCAUCAUGUUACACAUUCUCCUCGAUACCCGUGUAUGUGUAUGUAAUGUUUGUUUAAUCAUAUAGUAUGAAAUAUAAUAGUUUAAAAUUGACCAUGGUUUUUUUUAGUAAAAGAAACCUUUUCUUUCAAA